GCUCUCACAGAUCUUGUAUCUCUGAAGGGGGCAAUCUCCAAAUGACUGUUGUGUGUGCAGCCUGUGACAUGUGAGCUAAAGAAACAGAAGACAUCUCUUGGCUGCUGCUCGGAUGCCAGGAGGCCCUGGUGCCAAGCUUUAGCUGUUCCAUCCAACACACUGGAAUGUGGAUUUUGACCCGGCUGCAUUUUCCUAAGAAGGAAAGCAGUAUCGCCAGGUCCGAGAAAGAGGGGACUGUGUAUUUUCAAAGAAGCCAGCUGACUCCCAGCAUCAAACGCUCCUGGCCGGCCCUUCCACUGAGGUCGGCACUCUUCAGCUGGACACCGUUUUGCCUGAAUUCACCCCAGUCUUACCAGAGGGAGAGGCAUUUCAGCUGUGCCUAUACUAUUAAGCCUACAGCCUCUGCAGACUGGAAAUUUUGCUGUUUCAUUGUCAUCAGCAAGUAAUUGUGGUAUCUCUGCUUUAGCAAACUGGAAAAUGGAAAUGAAGAGAAAUACAACAAAGUUGCUGUGGCUAUUGAUGUUCUUUGAUAUUGUGUCAUUCAGCUAUGAAAAAUCAAUGAGAGAGCGAGCUAUUGAGCUGAUGCAAGAUGCACGUUUAAUUGAUGGCCACAAUGACUUUGCACUGCGGCUGAGAAUACUUUACCAAAAUAUGCUCAGUAGAGUCAACUUAAGAGAACUCAACAUGACCCACACAAACCUUGCAAAACUUCAGGCUGGUUAUGUGGGAGCUCAGUUUUGGUCAGUGUAUGUUCUUUGCAGCGCUCAGAACAAGGAUGCUGUGCGUCUGACCUUAGAGCAAAUUGAUGUUGUCAAGAGGAUGUGUAACAGCUAUGAAGAGCUUGAACUUGUGACAACUUCCCAAGGUAUCUCUGACAGUAUAAGGAUCGCGUGUUUGAUUGGAAUAGAAGGUGGUCACUCCAUUGACAGCAGUCUGGCAACACUGAGGAUGUAUUAUGACCUGGGUGUUCGUUACAUGACUUUAACACAUACCUGCAAUACACCUUGGUCUGAAUCAUCAUCUAAAGGAAUACACAACUUUUAUCCCAGUGUUACUGGUCUGACUGCAUUUGGCCAAGAAGUGGUAAAGGAGAUGAAUCGCCUGGGUAUGCUGAUAGAUUUAUCUCAUACUUCAUAUUUCACAGCAAAAGCUGCACUGAGUAUCUCAAAAGCACCAGUAAUUUUCAGCCAUUCCUCGGCAUUUUCUAUUUGUAAUCACUCAAGAAACGUUCCUGAUGAUAUCCUCCAGCAACUGAAAAAGAACAAGGGAAUUAUCAUGGUGACUUUCAAUGCAGACGUACUGGCUUGUGGCAGAAAAGUUGUUAAUGUUUCUACCCUUGCAGACCAUUUUGACCACAUAAAGAAAAUUGCAGGCUCAGAAUCAAUAGGAAUUGGUGGUGACUAUGAUGGAGUGAAACGUUUCCCUGAGGGAUUGGAAGAUGUUUCUAAAUACCCUACUUUGAUUGAGGAACUUCUUAGAAGAGGAUGGACUGGAACUGAACUAAAAGGGGUCUUGAGAGAGAACUUUCUUCGUGUCUUCAGAGAAGUGGAAAACGUGCGGAACAUGAGUGGACUAAUGGAUGUAGGUGAAAGUGAAAUUCCGCAAGAAGUAGUACAAAAUUCCUGUCGCCUAGACCUACGUAAUCAUCAGCUUCAGACAGUCAGGUCCUUUGGAUUUCCUUCUGUGGCACAACCUUUCAGUCUGAUACUUGUAACUGUAUCAAAUUUAAUACUGUAUUUUGAAUCAUAAGAUCUAUGGAGUCUAGAGAGAGAUAUACGGAGUAAUCUGCAAUGCAACUAGUUAUCUUAAAAAGCUAUGUAAAGCUAUGCUGGAUUUUUUUCUGUAAUUUCUAUAAAUUCACCUGUAUACUUGAAAGUUAAUGUAGAUUUUAAAUGCUGUAGCAAAAGCAUUCAGAAUUUGAAGUCAUAAAUUCUGUGUCAUCUUGGCUAAACCAGGAUCAACAUUGUUAAUGGAAAGUAUUCACAUUUAAUGAAUAAAUUCUCUAAUAUGUGACACAUGGUUUUGGUACCCAUAUUGUUGGACUUGGUAUAAGUACUUGAGUCCAGAAUCGGCAGUUCCACACAGGAACUAGAGAACAUGAAUAAGACACCUGUGCUGAGAUGUUUUCAGAUAUUACUUGUUAAAUCAGACAACUUUCAUCAUCAGUCAAUGGCUUAGUCAGAGAAGGCCACUGCCCUGGUAUAUGUACAAGGGUGUUUUUUCGGUUUGUUGCUUAUUUUUUAAGAUGACAAGAUGGAUGACAUGGCUAUUUCAGUUUGGAUUUCAUGCUUACCACUAGCUUUAGGGAUCCAUCCUGCAGUAUUAAACUCUUAUUUUUGAACCCUGACCAGGACAGUGGGCAACUGGAGAGUUACUGAAGGGUGGAGGCAGAUGUCUUGCAUUCAGGUACAGGUGACCAGGCAAUGGUGUAGAUACAUUUCUGUAAUCUGGGGACUGCUGUUUGCUGCCUGUUCAUGAAGCUGGGAGCAAGAAUAAGCCAGGACAAAGUAGGAAUUCUGGCUACUCAGAGGGUAAGAUUUUGUUCUGAUAUUUUUAUUGCAGUCUGAAAAGUAUAAAAUGAGUAUUUAAAUUAAAUUUUUUUUAGACUGUUCCACAGCUUUGUGGAAAUCUUUUUCACAUUUGGACAGUGAUCCUUAUCAAUAACAGGUUUUAUUAUUUUAUUUUUAUUCUAGCUGGCUAAAAUCAGACCACUGUCAAAUGAUUAACAGGCAUGAGAUUAGAAAGAAGUAUUUUUAUUAUAAAUCUUCUGCUGUUUCAGCCUUUGGAACACGUUUUCAAAUACACAAGGUAUGUGAGGUUAGAAGCCACUGUUAUACAGAAGAACAUACAUUGAGAUAGGCCUAAUCUUGGUAGGCUAAUAUGGCUCAAACCUGGAAUUUUAAUCAAAUAAU